GGGCGCGGCGGCGCAGCACGCGAUUGGCCGGCCCCGGCGAGAGCCAAUGGGAGCCGAGCCGUCGGAUUCAAACGGUGUGGGGCGCGGAAGGGGGCAGUUGGUGCGUGAGGCGUCCGUGAGGGGGCAACCGGACGCUGCUGACUGUGCCGCUGCUCUAGCCUGUGCCGCUUCUUCUAGCCUGUACUGCUGCCGCCGCCAUGGCCCACAAGCAAAUCUACUAUUCCGAUAAGUACUCUGACGAGCAGUACGAGUACCGACAUGUGAUGCUGCCACGAGAACUUUCAAAACAAGUGCCAAAAUCUCAUCUGAUGUCUGAAGAAGAGUGGAGACGCCUUGGUGUUCAGCAGAGUCUUGGCUGGGUUCACUACAUGAUCCAUGAGCCAGAGCCACAUAUUCUGCUCUUCAGAAGACCUCUUCCAAAGGAUGAGCAGAAAUAAACCAUCGCCUCUUGAAUCUUCUGGAACUAUGUAUAUGAGUGUAUAUAUGUUGGUAGUAUUCAGUGAAUACUUUUAAAUUUACAAGACAUACAUCCAAACCUGUGCAUGAGCUGUAUUAUUCACAGCAACAAAGCUCAGUCAAAUGCAAUUCCAAGCAGGCUGCUAUGAUGUUCAAAGAGUGUUAAUUGUGUUGAUGUUUGUGUUGCAUGUUCUGAUUAGCUUAUGGCUUGUUAGUGUUCUGUAACUUUUGCACUCAUGUUUUCUGCUGUAGUGUAGUAUGUUCAAAUCCAAUAGUUCAACUGUUUAGUAUUAAGAAGGCCUAAGAAAUAAACUGUUUUAAUGUUCAAUGAAA